AUGCCAAAAGAGUUCGAGUUUCAGUUUGACGUAGACGAAGAUGAGGAGACUUGGCUAACUCCUCAACUAUCGGAAAGAUCGCUUGGAACUCAGUCGAAACCGGUUGAUUUAAAGGAAUGGUUUGGACAAAUCCAGACUUCCGAGCGUGCCUCUUUACUCAGCAAAAAACUACAGAAGUAUGCUGAGAAACGAGCGGCCAGAUCCGACAGACUUCGAAAAGGCGUCCCGUCCUCAUUAGAUGUCGUUGCCGAAGGAGAUGGAAGCCCUGAGAGAACUCAUCUGUAUGACCAUCAAAAACCGCUAGACGAUGGUGGGAUUUCGGCCAAUUGUUUGGAGAACGUUUUGACAAAGAAAGAAGUAGCAAUGUGCCAGAAUGAAACAGAUGAAUCCGGCGUCGCCGGUAGCAUUAAAGGGUUUACAUCUCCAGAAGUUUUAACCUCAAAUGUUCCCCAUUUUACCUCGGAUGCAGUCGCUACUUCAACUUCAUUUGCUGAUUCUGUGUCACGCAAUGGCUUACCAAACCUGUCUCCAUUUCCUGAUCGGUUAGCGACAACGGAAAACCAGAUUGCUUCUGAUUCUGACGAAGAGUUCUUUGACGCAAGUUCCGAGUUUUGCGAAGAAGUGAAGAAUCUGAUGUUGACGUCGUCGAUGCAUGAAGAUCAACACAACGGCAACCGCAUGCUGCCGGAUGAUAAUUCGGGAAUUUCGGUGGUACGUAACUAUAUGUCUCAAUCGCUAACGAAGGUUGAGGAGGAAGCGCCUGUCUCACAGCAGGCAGUUCAGAUUAAAGAAGGGAAACCGUUAAGGUCAAGUUCUCUUAGUCCGCGCCCAAUAUCAACGACAGUUUCAAGUCCGAAACCAAGCCAGAUAAAUUCACUUUCGUCGAGUAGUGAAAGAGACAGUAUCGAGCAGCUACUUCAUAAUUUGAUAUCUGCACCAGCAGAAAUCAACGAGCAACCGGAUCGAAACAGAAAUGUGAAUGUCGUAACUGAUAGCAAGAGUUCUCGCCCGACUUCCGGAAGCCAAACACUAUCGAAAACACAAUCCGACAUCCCCGAUUUGGCUGCUUUGCGUGAAAUUGCUAGGCAACAAGAAGAGGCUCUACGACAAGCUGUGGAACAACAACAACAACAUGGAAAUAUCGAGCGGAAAUAUUCUUGGCAAAAUGAAGCGAGUUCGAGGAGUCCGUACUCUUUGGCUGGUUCCCUUGUUAGCAGUAAAUCUGCGGAUAUGUCUACACUUCACAAAGCGAAUGCUUACGUGGUUUCCGUGGAGGGCAUUCAACAUCGCCUUAAGGGUACGAACGCCCAGACGACCACUAUCGCCAACAACAGCAGCGGUGUCAUCGGCAUGGAAUUCGGCGCGACAACGACGACCGGCAGGGUUCCCACAAAUUCGUCCGAACACAGUGUAAUGCCGUACACUCCGGAAAGGUUUUCAUUUACCGACGAAGAUGGACCAACCUCAUACGAAGGUACAGCCGAUGGCAAGGAAAUACUGGACGAUUCAUCGCUUGCAAGCGGCCAUAACAGCAGUUAUAACGAUCACGAUCCAGCUAUCCCUAAGGAGUGUGACACGUGUUUGAUGGAUGAUCAACGACUAUUCUACAUUCAGUAUGAUAAGUUCGAGAAAAGCUCUCAUCUCUCAAGUUCAAAUCUCAAAAGCCCUAAGCUCUUCAUCGUAAUGUGGAUUUUUUUCGGCUCACUCUUCUCUCAACGUCUUCGGUUCGUCUGA